CCCUCCACUCCUUUCUUUUUGAGGAUUAAGCAAACCCAUUGCAGAUAAAUGAUUGCAAUAAAGGAUUCAUGUUUCCUGCAUUUAGUUGCACAUUUUUGUUGUAUUUUGUUAUGUAAUUCACCAAUUAGCGGUUAUCGCUAUUUAACUUUUCUGCGUCAGUCUUUACGAAAUAUACGUUGACAUCAGUCAUCUUCGCUUCUGAAAUGUCACAGAUUAGAGAUCUGGUAGCUUCAAGGCAAUGCUCGAGUCAUAGACAGGAUGUAUUAAUAUAACUUGGUCCUAACCCUUAUAAACUCAACGUAGCGUGGGUUGCCUAGCAACGCCGCGUCAACCUGCUUCUUUUCCACAACACAAAACGUAACGUUACACGCCGGCUCAUUUCUGGACGGAUUUUCGUGUCAAUCGCGCAUUUCGGAGCGGUUCUUUAGCUCGCAAAUGGGAAAGAAAGGGAAGAAGGGGAGCGAAACUCCAUGCGCGGAAACGUUUGAGCCGCUUCCCUUUGAGGGCAAAACUCCAGCAACAAUAGUGCUGCUGCUCAGAUCUCUAGAGGAGGACAUCCUCGCCAAAGCUUGUGAAGCAAUCCACAUAUUUGCAGAAAAAGGAGACGAGAACAAGGUUUCUCUGGUGGGACUGGGGGCACUGGAGCCCCUCUGUCAGCUUAUCACUCACAUGAACCGGCUGGUCAGACGCAACGCCUUCAUGGCCUUGAGCAUCAUGGCCAGCAAUGACGUAGUAAGGGUUGCUCUGAAAAAAAUAGAUGUUAUUCCAUCAAUCAUUGACAAACUGUCACCUGAAGAAGAUAUAGUUGUCCAUGAGUUUGCAACACUGUGCCUGGCCUCUCUGUCAGUGGAUUUCGUGUGCAAGGCCCAGAUCUUUGACCACAAGGGCCUGCCACCUCUGAUCCGGCUCCUGUCCAGUCCAGACCCCGAUGUCAUGAAGAACUCUCUAGAGACCAUCUUCCAUCUGGUUCAGGACUACCAAAGUCGCCUGGCGGUGCAUGAGUUGGGAGGGAUCCCUCCACUUCUGGAUCUGUUGAAGUCAGACUUCCCCGUUAUUCAGCACGUGGCUUUAAAGACACUGCAGAAUGUCACCGUUGAUAAAGAAUCAUCCAACACCUUGAGGGAAGAGCAAGGAUUUGAGAAGCUCAUGGAUAUCCUCAGUAAUACGAAAUUCAACGACCUUCAUGCUGAGGCCUUACCGGUAGUUCUUAACUGUAUAAACGACAGUGAGAGUUUACAAGUGAUCCACAGGGGUGGAGGGUUGAUGAGGCUGAUGGAGUUUGUUCUCACCCGAAAUAUGCCUGAAAUCCAGUCCAACGCUGUCAGAUGCAUCACCAGGGCUGCUCAGAGCUCUGAGAAUCGCAAGCUGCUCCACGAGCAGAAUGUGGAGAAGGUCCUUGUUGAACUUCUGUCCGUGGGGGACGUCAGCGUCAACACGGCGGCCUGCGGGGCUGUGUUCGCCAUGAGCUUCCACCUAGCCAGCAAGGACAGCUUCAGAGACCUCUGUGGUAUCCCUGAAGUGGUACGGUUGCUGAGCAAUGACAGUUUGGCUCUCAGAGAGGCAGCGACCGAGGCCCUCUCUACCCUCACGCAUGGCAACCAGCUCAACGCAUUUGCGGUGUACGAGGCAGGAGGCGGUGAGAUUCUUGUCCAGCAGCUGUAUGGAAGCUGUCCCAGUACGGUGGCCAAUUCCGCUGCAACACUUGGCAACAUGGCGGGACAGGAGGUCGUCCGCUGCAGUGUCUUAUCCCACGGAGCGAUACGAGCUCUGGUGGAGAACUUGAAGUCCACGGAUACACAGGUCCUGGUCAACGCCACGCGGUGCGUUGCAGUAUUGGCCCACGAGAAAGAAGCUCGGGCAGAGCUACUUCGUGCAGGAGGCCUUCAGCCACUGGUCAAUUUGCUGCGCACCGAUCAAAAGGAAGUGCUCCACAAUGCAUGCUUGGCUAUCAAUGUGUGUUCCAGUGACCUGCCCGCCGCUGUGGAGAUGUGCAAAUUUGGUGCCUUGGAAAGGCUUCAGCAAAUCAACCAAUCAGCAACUCGAGGAAGCAGUUUCAGCAGGUUGGCCAGGAUCAGCCUGCUUAACUCCAAUUUGUCUGUCAAAUACAGCCUGACAGGUCAUUUGGCCGUCACUGACCUCAUUAGUGACGGCUUCUAUGACGCCGGGAAGCCCCCUGCAGGUCAGAGCAUUCUGACUUUAAAGGAACUGUCCGAGCAGCCUGUCAACGAGCAACGGCCCAUCAUUGUUAUCAACACUGCAAAAGCAGUGACUCUGGAUGUCAGAGAAGUGAGGAACAGCAACCAAUCAGAACCAGACACCUGCAGCAAGGGAGGCAGCAGAACAACACGACCAAUUUACCUUCAACACAGGAAGAAGAAGGAGGACAACAAACAGAAAGAAGAGGACCAGACUGAGACUCCUAAAGGCAAACCAUGGAAGAUGAUGGAUGACGUCUUUUUGCAGGUUCUCCUUAAAGAGGCCAAAGAAUCCAUUAUCCCACUAAGUGAUGAACGAGAGCAGUGUGCUGCCUUGGCCAGGCUGGUGAGUGAGGCCAUGGGCGGAGCUGUGGAGAUGGAGAAGUUGCACGAAGUCCCGUGGCUGCUGCACCUCAGCGAGCUCAAGUUUCUGCUCCAGUCUAAUGUCGUUCCCAUUGGCUUGAUCAACAGAGGAAUCUACUGCCACAGGGCCCUUCUCUUCAAGUGUCUGGCUGAUCGCAUCGGAAUGAGCUGCACACUUGUCAGGGGCGAGUACAACCGGGCUUGGAAUGAGGUGCUCCUCUUCAAUGGGAAUCCCUCCAGGAAUCAGCACUCUUCAAAGCCCUGCCGCUACAUAGUGGACCUCAUGCACCAGCCUGGGAGCCUGCUGAAGCCAGCACCCCUGCUGCUCUGCAUACCAGACUUCAGGAGGGACUACGCCCUUGGAAUAAAUGUAGAAAUACACCAUGCUGUGACCAGACAAUUUUACAGAGACUCAUCUAGGAUUAUUUAA